UACUCUUUCCGCACCAUUCAAACAUACACGCGCACCCACAUACAAUUUUCACGCUCACUGAACCGCUCUAACUCGGGCGGGCUCGGUCAGACGCGCCGAACGUACAGUCGCAGCUGGAGCCUCCUAAGCAGGCCGGCUUUAAACAUUACAGAAAUUAUCGCAUACGACAAUUCCAUACAGCACAAACCGCAUCGACGCCUCGCGCAUUGGCCCGACUCAUUGCAAGUCACUUGGCCGCCGAGCUGACUCAACACCACAGACCAAACGAAGUUCCCAUACGUAGGCGACCCGUCUGAUCCACCGCCCGCUCUGCCGGGGUGCCGCGGCGCUGCUUCGUCCUAGGCAGGGCCGCCGCGUUCGGUCGCCCUUCACAUAGUCGUCGUGCAGAAGUGGUCUGUCAUCGGUACCCCAGGCUGUGUUCCAGACGUGCAACUUGUACCACCGGGCCAGUGCCAUGGGCGUUACCUCGUGUUGGCUGCCGGGCAGCCUGCCGCUGCGCCCCACAGACGAUGCAAACGGGCCGCUGGUGACCACGCCGGUCAUGCUGCACGUCAUGCUCAGCACGUGCCACGUUCCUCCGCCGCCGCUGCGGGGCCCCGCGGCGGCGGCAUCUGGUGGGAGGGGCAGGACGCGGCUGCGCGUGCGCGGCUUCGUGUGUGUGACGAGGGAGCCGCAGGAGGACCGCUGUGCCACCUGCCACAGCUACUGCCUGCACAACCCCUUCGCAGCAGCUAUGAAGGCAGCGGCGGCAAACGAAGCAGCAGCAGCAGCAAGGGCAGGAGCUGUAGAAGCGGACGCCGCAGGUGCGGAAGAGGAGGCUGACCGCGCAGACGACUCCCUGCCGAACCCACAGCCGCCGCUGUUCCGGCUCCGCUCGCCGCACACGGGGCGCGUCUACCCGCUGGCCCUGAGUGACGAGGAGGCGGGCCUGGGCCAGACUGGCACGCCGGAGGACGGCGGCGGCCUGCACGGCGAGCUGGAGCUGGAUGACGCCGACGCCACGUGGGAGGAGUUUGAGCUGCACGUGGCGGGCUUCCCCUUCUACUGCUUGGUGCUGCCGUACGCACACCCCGGCCCGCGCCAGCACGGGAGCCAGCACCUGCAGCACCAGAGACCGAGGUUCCCACUGGGAGCGCCAUCUGAGGGCGUCGGGACCGUGUGCGGCAGCCUGUCCGCGCCGCCACACACUGGCGCCGCCGCGACGGGUGCAGCCGCAGCCACAGCCCGGCCUCGCGCCCAGCCCUCCUCUGUGCCUCCAGCCACCGCGCAGCCGCCGGCCUACUUCGUACUGGCGCCGCGGCACGGCCUGUCGCCGGACGCGCUGGCGGCUGUGCUGGUGCCGCACGUGGCCUGGCACACGCAGCUGGGCUUCACGCAGUACCUGCUGUACACGGAGGAGCCGCCGGGGCGGCUGGCGGCGCAGCCGGCGCUGCGGGCGCUGCUGGCGGCGCGAGUGCUGGUGCUGGUGCUGUGGGACCUGACGCCGGCGUUCUCGGGGUCGCUGCUGGUGCACGAGGCGCUGAAGCGGGAGCGGCCUGGCAGCCUGCGGCGGGCGUACUGGCACCAGAUGCGCACGUACGACCACGCGCUGCUGGCCCACUGGCACGAGGCGGGGGCGGUCAUGGCGUUUGCGGACCUGGACGAGUACCUCAUCACACCCAGGCCCACCACCGUCGCGGACCUCUUCCGUACCUGUGGGCAUCAGCCAGGGAAAGGGACGGGUGAGAACAAGGACACGCCCGACAGAGACCCACCCCUGGGCGCAUUGCGGCUGCCGCGUAUGGACGGCGCCUGCAGCACCUGUCUGCACACCGUCACAGGCGCCAACACGGAGCCGCAGCACUGGGCGGCGUGGUGGGCGCGGCACGCCGCAACUGCUGCACUGGAGGCGCUGGCUGCGGCUGCGGCUGCGGCUGCCUCGCAGGCGGCCGCACCUGCUAGCAGGUCAGCAGCAGCGGCACUGGCAAAACGGUCAGGAGCAGCAGGCACCUCGCAGCUGCUGGGCUGGGCGCAUCCCAUGGCGGCGUACGACAUCUGGGGCAAGAGCGACUUGCCCGACAUGUGGGAUCAGAAGAGCAUUGUGCUCACGGAGGCCGCGGGCUUCACCAGUGUGCACUCGCCGUUCGUGUACCCGGGCUUUGGCGCGUACGGCCCCAUCUACGAGGAAGCGGAGGUGCCGGGCGCGUGUGCAGUGUGGCUACACAUCACCAACCAGGCCAAGGUGCGGAUCGAGGCCCUUCCCUUCAAGUCGGCGCUGCCCCCGGGCUACAGCUGGCCGCUGGAGCGGAUUGCUGCGGCGGCGGGUGGCGGGGCGACAGCCGGGCCGCAGCUUGGGCGGCAGGGGAGGUCAGCGGCGGAGAAGGUGCAGCUGCUGGGGCGCGAAGGAGAGAGGGCGGGGCGGAGAGGCGGCAGUGGACGGGUGGGGGGUGGACGGAGGUUGCAGGCACGGCAGAGGUACAGAGGAUAGCGGCGAGAGGCAAAUGGAUGCCAGGUCGUCUAGGCAGUGAAAGUGGUAGGCACUGGCGAGGUUUGGAUGCGUCGUACGGACC